UUCUCUGCUGCUGGGAAGACAAUUUCUGAUUCGAGCGUUGAAGAAGAAAAUGACGAGGAUGUCUCCAUGGAGGUGGAGAGUGCUGAUACUUGGUCAUCCUCUGAUAAUAGAGAUGAAGAAAAUUCCAAAGGUUCGGAACCGAAUGGAAGCAAUGAGCCUCUUGAUGUUGACACGGGCAAUCCCGAUUCUUUGAUCGCUUCGGAGACUCCCCAAGAGUCAAAUACCGAAGUUGAGGAUACUGAAACCAAUAAGGAUAACUCGAGCUGCCCUGGAGUUAUUGAUGAAGAUACAACCAUCCCUGAACUUAAAGGACAUGAGAAGGUUUCCACUGAAGUUAUGGAAUCCCCGAUUGUUGUUGGUUCAGUGAUAGAAGAAACUGAGCUACCAGUAGAGAAUACUGAAGAAGUUGUUGCCUUGACUGUAGAAGUUGCUCCAAUUGAGCUUUCUUUGACUUUGAGGAUGAUGUAG